AUGUCCAAGAAAAGCCGUGCCAAGGGAGAGAGGUCCGACAUGGAGAUAGAAGCAGUUCAGGCUGCUAAUGAGGAACUACGGAUUAAACUGACCAACAUCCAGAUAGAAUUCCAGCAAGAAAAAAGCAAGGUGGGUAAACUGAGAGAGAGAAUCCAGGAAGUCAAGCAAGAAAGAGAGCAGGAGCAGCACAAGCACACCGCCUACAUCUCUGAACUGAAGGCUAAACUCCAUGAGGAGAAAAUGAAGGAACUCCAGGCUGUCAGGGAGCUGCUUAUCCGGCAGCAUGAGCAGGAAGUAGCUCGUAUGGCAAAAAUAAAAGACAGUGAAAUUCAACGCUUGCAGUCUACGGUGAACGUGCUGCGGGAUGGGGCAGCUGACAAAGUGAAAACUGCAUUGCUAAAUGAAGCCAGGGAAGAAGCUCGGAAAGCAUUUGAUUGUGAACGUAUAAAGAUGCAGCAGGAGAUAUUAGAGCUGAAGUCUGGUAAAAAGCAGCUUGAAGAAGCUUUGAACAAUAUUAUGCAGGCAGAUAAAAUGAAGGCUGCUGAUCUGCGCACGGCUUAUCAGUCCCAUCAAGAUGAGGUUAAUAGAAUAAAGCGUGAAUGUGAGAGGGAUAUCCGCAGACUGAUGGAUGAGAUAAAAGGCAAAGACAGAGUGAUUUUGGCUUUGGAAAAAGAUCUUGGUGUCCAGGCAGGCCAUGCACAAAAGCUGCUGCUUCAGAAAGAAGCUUUGGAUGAACAGCUUGUCCAAGUAAAGGAGGCAGAACGGUACCAUGGUAGCCCCAAGAAGGAACUUCCUGCUGGAGUAGGGGAUAUCACUGAAAUGAUGGGAAGCCCGGAACAGCAUAUGGAUGAACGAGACAUACGGAGAUUUCAACUAAAAAUCGCUGAACUGAAUGCUGUAAUACGGAAGCUGGAAGACAGAAAUACCCUUUUAGCAGAUGAAAGAAAUGAACUGCUGAAACGUUCUCGGGAGACCGAAGGUCAGCUGAAGCCCCUUGUAGAGAAAAACAAGAGGAUGACCAAAAAGAAUGAGGACAUGUUGCAGUGUAUCCAGAGGAUGGAAGAAAAAAUUAAAAAUCUCACAAGGGAAAAUGCAGAAGUGAAAGAAAAGUUAUCCACACAGCCGACUUUGAAGAGACACACUUCCUUGAACGAUCUCAGUAGCACACGAGAGGAACAAGAAAUGGAAUUCCUGAGACUGCAAGUCAUAGAGCAGCAGCAUGUUAUUGAUGAUCUCACAGUGGAACGAGAACGGUUGUUACGCCCAAAAAAACCGAAAAGGAAAAGUCUGAAACCUCCAAAGAGGCAUGUUGUGGAGACGUUUUUUGGAUUUGACGAAGAAUCUGUUGACUCUGAAACCUCAUCUGUAACUUCGUAUAACACGGACAAAACAGACAGAACGCCAGCAACACCAGAAGAAGACUUGGAUGAUAGUACGCCUAAAGAAGAAGCUGAUUUAAGGUUCUGUCAACUAACCAGAGAAUAUCAAGCUUUACAAAGAGCAUAUGCAUUACUUCAAGAGCAAGUUGGUGGGACACUGGAUGCAGAGAGAGAAGCAAGGACUCGUGAACAACUGCAAGCUGAUCUCCUCAGGUACCAGGCGAAAAUUGAAGAUCUGGAGAAAUCUCUGAUUGAAAAAGGACAGGAUUCCAAAUGGAUAGAAGAAAAGCAGCUCCUUAUCAGAACAAACCAGGAGUUGUUAGAAAAGAUUUACAAAAUGGAGCUGGAAGAGAAUCUGCUGAAGAACGAGAUGCAGGAUGCAAAAGACCAGAAUGAGCUGUUAGAAUUCAGAGUGCUCGAACUUGAAGAGAGAGAACGAAGGUCACCGGCAUUUAACCUCCAUAUAACCACCUUCCCUGAAAACAAUGGAAGUGCACUUCAACUGUUCUGUCAACAGGAAGGAAUAAAGGAUGUGAAUAUUUCUGAACUUAUGAAGAAGCUUGAUAUCCUUGGAGAUAAUGGGAAUUUGAGAAAUGAAGAACAGGUUGCAAUAAUCCAAGCUGGGACUGUACUUUCCCUCUGUGAAAAGUGGCUAAAACAAAUAGAGGGAACAGAAGCUGCACUGACACAGAAGAUGAUGGAUCUGGAGAAUGAAAAGGACCUGUUCAGUAAACAGAAGGGUUAUUUAGAGGAAGAACUCGACUACAGGAAACAAGCUCUGGACCAGGCUUACAUGAAAAUCCAGGAGCUGGAAGCCACGCUGUAUAACGCUCUGCAGCAGGACUCUGGAAGGCGGGCGAGUGAGUCAUUGAAUGAAGUGCAGAGGGAGGAUUUGCGAGCUGCGGUGGAGAAGGUGCGGAGGCAGAUCCUGAGGCAGAGCCGCGAGUUUGAUAGCCAGAUCUUGCAUGAGCGCAUGGAGCUGCUGCAGCAGGCACAGCAGCGGAUUCGAGAGCUAGAAGAUAAAAUAGAACUUCAAAAGCGGCAACUCAAAGAAAUAGAGGAAAAGCAUUCAUUGUGUGGCCUUGAUGAUGCUCCUGAGCCAAGAAAUGUGGAUAUUAAAAGAGCCUAUGGAGUGAACAACUGAAUCCAUGUGCAAAAAACAGAAAAUAAUUAUUUGAGCAGCUUUAAAUUGGAG